AUGGCGGCGGCCUCGGGCAACAGGCAUGGCGGGGGCAUCGGCCAUGUCGGCGGCCUCGGGUAUGGCGGUGGCCUCGGCCACGGUGUGCACGCUUUCGAGCGUGGUCCUCAAGCUAGGACGGCCGGCGGCUAUGAUCAGGUGCCGCCGGUGUCCGGCACCUCGGCCAAAAUGGGUUCUUUUGUUGGCCUCCGCCAUGCCUGUUGCCCGAGGCCGCCGUUAUGUCCGAUGCCCCCGCCAUGCUCGUUGCUCAAGGCCACUGGCAUGCCUGACUCCGACACCACGCUCGAGGCCGCCGGUAUGCCCGACGCCCCCGCUAUGCCCCACUCCGACGCCACGCCCGAGGCCGCCGACAUUCUCGACCCAGACGUCGUGCCCCAGGACCCCAUCAUGGCCGUCUCCGCCAUCACAGCCGACUCGAACUCCAUGACCCCGUGCCCCGCCCGCCCGACGAACGCCAUGUCGAUUCGCUAUCAGCGCAACAUGCAGGCGAUCGAAUGA